UGCCCCCCUCAAUUCUCUCUCCCCCCCCAAUGUGUUCUCAUAGUGGAGAGGCGCAGGAGGGAUAAAAUCAACAACUGGAUCGUGCAGCUGUCCAAAAUCAUCCCCGACUGCAACGCUGACAACAGCAAGACCGGGGCGAGCAAAGGCGGGAUCCUCUCGAAAGCCUGCGAUUACGUGCGGGAGCUGCGACAGAGCAACCAGCGCCUGCAGGAAACCUUCAAGGAGGCGGAACGCCUGCAGAUGGACAACGACCUGCUGCGCCAGCAGGUGCCUGGCCACGCCCCCUCCCCGUAGCCACGCCCCCUCCCU